GACAUUUCGAUAUAUGAUAUAAUAAUAGUGAUUUGAAUGAUUUUGGGUUUGAAGGUCUUUUAACCUUAGCAGCAAUUGUCAUUGUUUUACCAUAAUGAGUGAUAGUUUACCGGUUUCAUAAUUAUGCUGUACUUUGUCACGGGUGCUAAAGGAACGAGUCAACUUACUAUUGCAGAUACAAUGAAAGCUCGAGUCAUUUAUAAUGGACAAGGAAAACAUUUUAAAAGUGCGAAGCUUGAACGUGAUAAAUUUCUACCAACCAUGACUACAAUUUUCAUGAUGACUCGUUGGUUUGGAAUUCCGACGUAUGGAGGUAGCAUUUUCCUGUACUGGACUCUGAUCACCUUGACCAUGCUGACUGCUAUAGAAGCUGCAGCUAUUUGGAAACUAGUCCGCUUGCUCACUGGAACAGCGCCAAACAACUCAAGUGGACAAGUAAUGGCGCGACUUUCUGGUUUAAUAUUUUAUGGAAAUGCAUUAUUAUCUUUAAUACUAUCAUGGAGAUUUGUUAAAAAAUGGAAAAUUCUUUCUAUUGAUUGGCUCAGAUCAGAGACGGGUGAAAUUAAUUUCCCUCCUGACACUACUAUAAGAAAACGGGUUAUGAUUGUUAUAACGUUUGUGGCGUUAUUUGCUAUCGCGGAACAUACUUUCAGUAUAAUCUCAGCUACGGGCUUAGAUUGUCCUGCAGAUGAAUUCUUCGAACGUUACAUUUUAUCUUCUCACGGAUUUUUAUUGAAAACAUAUGAAUAUACAUUGUGGCUGGCAAUACCAAUAUUUAUUAUGAGCAAAUCAGCAACUAUCCUUUGGAAUUUUCAAGAUUUGAUUAUCAUUCUGAUAAGCAUGGGAUUAACGUCACGGUACUACAGAAUGAAUUCCUUCGUGAAAUACGUCAUUAGAUACGAGAAACGUGCCGGGAAAGGAAAAAAGUUUGGAAAUGAUUAUUGUUUCCAAGCAAAUACCUGGUGCAGGAUCAGACAAGCAUACGUACAACAGGCAGCGUUAGUUCGAAAGAUUGACGAAGACCUGGGACCUCUGGUGUUUCUCUCCAACCUUAACAACUUGUAUUUCAUCUGUUUGCAGCUGUUUUUGGGCAUCAGACGUAUAGACGGAACAUUGAUCAACAAAGUAUACUACUUCUUCUCCUUGGGUUGGCUUAUCUUACGUGCGUCCAGUGUUGUGCUCUCCGCUGCAGAUAUUAGUUUGCAUUCGAAGCGGGCCUUGCCCUAUUUGCAUUCUUGUCCCAGUUCCGCCUAUAAUAUAGAGAUCAAACGGCUGAAAGAUCAAUUGAAUCAUGACGUUAUAGUCUUAAGCGGAAUGGGAUAUUUCUAUUUGGAUCGACAAAAACUUUUACAGGUCGCAGCUGUCAUAGUAAAAUAUGAAUUAAUUUUACUACAAUAUGAUAAUUAAAAUAUAUGUGAUAACUGAAAUGGUCUCUCUCUAUAU